CCUCCCUCACCAUGUGGGGGAGUAACACACAUACGCACACACACGUACAAACAUACACAUGUACAUGUGCGCUCAUAUACACACCUUCUGUUUUUGUCCCUCAUUCUCUCACCCUUCAGUUGCUCUUAGGUUGGCCUAGUGGUUGCAUCUAGGAGGAGAGGCAUGCUGCUUUGCCUAAGGGGGCUGUGACUCUGUGCUUGGAUGCUUGCAGAGCUUAGUGGCAAGCAGUGACUGCCUCAAGUGCAGAGGAGAAUGGGAAGUGCCUCGUCCAAGUUCAAGAAAUAUCUUCAACAUGGCGACGAAUUUGCAGCUAUGCAGGUGUUCCAGAGUUCUCCUGAAUUACGGUCCAACCUUGAUCCCAACGCAAGUUACGGAGAAUCUCAUGGUCACAACACUCCAUUGCACUAUGCAGCCAAGCAUGGAAUGAAACAUUUAUUAAGGACCUUUUUAUGUGAUCUUGGGGGGAAUCCAAACAAGAAAAAUGCCGAAGACGAGAGUUCAGUCCAUUGUGUGUGCCGUGUUGGGCAGGCCAAGUCACCAUCCGCUGAGGAGAGAAGAGCAGCGUGUGUUGUUAUGAUCCUGCAGUGGAGAGGACCUGUCUUGCAGGAUGGGGAGAAGGAAAGAGCACAGUUAAAUGCCCAGGACAAGAAAGGCAAUACGGCCCUCCACUAUGCAUCAGCUUCAGGACUCCGGAAGUGCGUGGAGCUGCUUGUGGCUCAGGGGGCGGGGCUUUUUAUAGAGAACCGCGACCGGUUAACGCCUUGUGAUCUGGCUGUUAAAUCCACACAUCAUGACGUGGCUACGUUUUUGGAGUCCCGCAUGGUGUUUGCUGACAGCAGUGAUGGCAUCAACGAGGGGGAGGUGGUGGGUACUGAGGUAGAGACAGACUGUGACAGUGAAGUCUACUCAGGCCUCCGAGCCCAGGACCUGCAGGAGGCAAAGGAUCAACUGCUUGUGGAGACGGCUGACAUGCUCCACAUUCCUCUCUUUACUGCCGAGGCUCUUCUCAGGGAUAAUGAAUGGUCCAAGGCAUUGCUCUUGGAGAAGUGGAUGACAAAUGCCGUUCAGUGUUGCGAGGCAGCGGGGAUUGCGCCUCCUGCCUCGGCUCUCCAGUUAGUGGCCCCAACGCCACCCAUGAUGACACCAUCCCCUCCCAGUUCUGUGAUCACACCUCCACCUCCUCCUCACAUCCCCGGGGAGAGCAUGGAGGAAGAGGAUCUCGGGGAAGGGAGUGUGGAAAAUAUGUGCUAUCCACAGUGCGACAUCUGCUUCGGAGAGAUGAGAAUAUGGGAGCUCGGAGAACACGUGGGAACAAGCUGCGAGCACCAGUUUUGUGCAACAUGCUGGGAAAGGUACCUGACACUCAAGAUCCAAGAGGGCGGUGCACAUCACAUCCUCUGUCCGGCCGUCCGGUGCAACAUUCUAGUAGAUGUGGAUUUCAUUGAGAAGAUGGUUAGUCCAGAGAUGGCGAGAAAAUAUUUGCAAUUUGACAUUCAGGCUUUUGUUGAGAAAAACAAGACAAUCAAAUGGUGCCCUCAGCCUGGAUGUGGAAGAGCUGUCAAGUUUCCAGAAGCAGAGCUUGAAACACAACCUUUCUUCUUCCCAAACACAAAACCACCUCCAAAAACUUCCCAUGCUGUGGACUGCGGCAAUGGGCAUUUUUUCUGCUGGGAGUGUCUUGGCGAAGCACAUUCUCCAUCAGGGUGCGAACAGUGGAUUGAAUGGCAAAGCAAAGUGGCUGAGGUGAAGCCAGAAGAGCUGCGUAUCAACUCGGGAGAGACGGAAGAUGCGGCCAACUUCCUUUGGCUUGUCACCAAUUCCAAGCCGUGCCCUAACUGCAAAAGCCCCAUCCAGAAGAACGAGGGCUGUAAUCAUAUGAAGUGUUCUAAAUGCAAGUUUGAUUUUUGUUGGGUCUGUCUUGAGAGCUGGAAAAAACACUCAUCGGCAACUGGAGGAUACUUCCGGUGCAACAGAUUUGAUGCAGCAAAUAAGGCCGAUGAGAAGCUCGGAGUUUUAAUGUCAGAGGCAACUGUUCGGAAUCAUCAAAUGCAGGAACUCAAUAGAUUUAUACAUUAUUACACACGCUUUAAAAAUCACCAAAAUUCACUCAAAAUGGAAGAGCCACUAUUAAAAACUGCUAGAGAUAAGAUGGAGGUUCUUGCAACCUCCUUACCAUCACAGGAGCAACAAGGACAAGCAUCCGUGGAGAAAGGGACCAGGUUUGUAGAGGAAGGUGUUAAAGAAUUAUUAAAGGCGCGGAGAGUCCUCUGUGGUUCCUAUGUGUAUGGAUAUUACCUAGAAGAUAAUGGCUAUAACAAGACCAUUUUUGAGUACAUGCAGAAUGAACUAGAAGAGGUGACAGAGAAACUAUCAGAAAUGGUAGCGCGUCAGUACCUUGUAACGCCUAGAGGACAGAUCAUCGCAACAACUCUGCUCACUCGGAGACGAAGGCACAAAUUUGUAAGAGCUGUAAGCAGAGGUCUCUUACCCCCAGAAACACCCCCCUCAUUGCGCAAAUCACGGAAGAGGAGAUUGCCGGGCCUCAUGGGGAUGGAUCCAGCGGAUGACAUGGAGAAUGUAGAGGUGAUGGGGCGGGCACUAGACCCUGCUCAGCCAUGGGUUAAAGAUUCUCGUGGUCGGCACACCAACCUGGCAGCUCUCCUAGACUGGCCCGACCUAGAUAUUGAUGAAGAGGAAAACAGCUCAAACCAAGAACUCACAUUGACGUUGCUAGGGAAGUGCAACAGAAAAUCCUGUCCUCGACCUCGUGCCCGCAACCCUCGAACUGGAACCAUUCAUGACUACUGCUCUCUACGGUGUGCACAGCAGGCAAAAUACCUUCCAGAACCAGGUGAAGGUGAGACUUCCUCAUGGGAAGGCUGUGACUCAAGCAUGGAGCUCCUCAUUGCCCUGGAGAUGUCGAGACUCCAGAUGAUUGAAGACGAGGCAAGAAGAAGACUGUCAUGGCUGCAAGAGCACUCUCGCGAACACGGCUGGGAUGGAACAGGGGACGCCAGGCCUGUCCAAGGCUGCAGUGCUAGCCUUCCCGGAGCAACUCUUGCGGGGAAUAUCCUUGGAUAUGAGGCUGCCUAUGUUGCAAGUCGGGUUGCGGGUCGAGACGAAGCCUCUGCAUGGCCUGGGGCAGAUGGGGUGGAAGGAGCAGCUUCAUGCCAACCCACCAGUGCAGAGAUUGCUGUGGAUUAUUUCUUGAAGAAACUCGCUAAUAAGGAGAUAAGCUUGAGAAACCUUAAUGUUGACAAGGAAUGGGACAACAAAACAGAGAAAGAUCUGUUGUGCUUCCCCAAAGCUCCCAAUGAAGUAGAAGAUGGCCAUUUUGAGUAUGGUGAUCUGCACGAAAAUGGACACUUGCUGAUCCCGGGUCCUUCCCUGGACGGCAGAAGGGACCUCCGGAGAUCUCAGUCCUUGGGGGAUCUGAAGAAUUCGGAGGAGCCAGAGUGCAUGAUUGAUUCUGAUCAUGUACAUCAGGAUCAUCCUGAGGAGACGGCGAGGUUAAGGCUGUCCAAACCAAAGCAGGACAGCUUGGACAUGGAGUCGGAGAGCGGUGACAUCGAAAACACUGAUCCUGGGGCAGCCUCUGAAAUCAUAGGAGACAUGGACUCCCCCUUGAUGGAUCUUGAGGUGCGGGGCAUCUUGAGCCAUCUGGACAAUCCUGUGGAUCCACACUGCAGCAUGAGUGUUAGUAGCCUCAAUCACGAUUCUGUGUUCCAGCAACACGAGCCGUCUUUUCAGUUGGUUGUAGAUGAAGGAACAGAUAAAGAUGAAAGUAACUCCACUGAGCAGAGUAGUAGUGCCCCUUCAAAAGUGAAAAGCCUUAGAAUUCACAUUUCUCAUUCCUCUAAACUAGAAAAUCAGAGUUCAAAUGAGUAUGAAUCGGAAACUGGUAUACCAAAUUCACCCACAUUGUACAUAAGUGGUGUUUCCAUUUGCCGUUCCCCUGAGCCGCGGUCGCCCAAAGUUCAGCACCGAGAGACACGUUCUCCAAGCUUAACGCUUCCUCUAUGCUGCACACCUGAACCUAGAUCACGUGGGGAGGCGAGGCUGGACAUUUCGCCCCUACCGAUCUAUAGUCGUUCUCGUUCUUCGUCCCUUGUGGUUCCAAGCUCAGCCACUCUUUCCUCGAGAGUCUCGGCACGGACAACUGGCACGUGUCUUCAUCUCUCCUCCUUAUCCCUCCAAGCCACCAGAGCCACAUCACCCUUCCUCCUGGGUGAGUUGCGUGUCUCAAGGUCGGCAUCUGAGCCCGAAAAGGGUCGCUUAGUGUUCCAGUUUCCUAAGUCCCCAACUGAUGGUGCCCUCAGCUCUGUCUUGCAUGUUGAAGAAUCAAACUUAAGUUCCGAUGACUUCCAUGAAGCUUUGUUUCUUGGCAAAUCGCCCAAACCCAACAAAAGAAAAAAGUCAAAGAAAGAGAGAAACAAAGAUGCUAAGGAUAGGAGUAAAAGUGAGAAAGAGAGCAAAGAAAGAAAUAAAGAUGUGAAGCAGAAAGAAAAAAGUAAAGAGAAUGGGAAAGAGACCAAAGAGAGGAAGGAAUGUAAAGAUAAGAGGAAAGUGAAGGAGUUGACUUCAGCCGUAUGAUCGUUUCUUGAAGUUUGAAUUUUCACGGUUGUCCUGAAACGCUUGUAGAAUCUCUAUGGAAAUUUAAUAUUAAGGGUGGGAUUGAUGCACUUACUGUUACAAAUAUUUUCACUUUUUUAUUAUCAUUCAUAUUAUUUUUGGGGGUUAUAUUAUUUUUAUAUAUAUAUAUAUAUGAAUAGUAUCGAUGAUAUUGGGACUAAAUAGAUUGAUUUGUAAUUUGGUUUUCAUAUGGUAUAUAAUUUUCUUUUUAAUUCCUUUUAUCAGGAUUAUAGUUUAUUGAAAAAGAAAAAAAAAAUGUAAAAGAAAAAAAAAAGUUCUAAAAUUAAUGCUUUCAUUACUUUUAUAUACAAUGGGAUCUUACAUGUACUGUCAAAUGUCAUGUUCCAUACAGAUUUUUCCUCCCUACCUGUGAUAAUGUAGUCAUGAUUAGAUGUCAUGUUUUUUUUAGAUACUGUUGCUUUGGAUGUCAUUCAUUUCCUUUUAAUAACUUUGUCUGUGAUCAUUUUUCUUUCACCUUUUUGAAGUACAGUAGAAAGUAGACUGCCAUUCCUGGCCAGAAUCAUGUAUUUGAAGGCGCAUAGGUAAUUUUGAUGAUAAAGUUAAAAUGCCUUUUUGUCAGAAUUAAAUAGAAUUGUCCAAAUGAAUGUAGAUAGGAUUUUGUAUUGUUUAUAAAGAAGAAAAACUUUUAAGGGCUUUAAUGUAAAAAAAAGUACUGUGAUUUUGUAUGGCUGAAACUAUGUUUGGUAAGUGAGAUUUUUGCCAGGCAGUCGGAUAGUAUUCCCACCCCUGUAUGCAGUUAGUAAGCCGUAGGAUUCAUCCAAUAUAUCAAUCCAUAGAUGCCAUUUAGCAGUCAGUUGGUAGAAGCCAUUUCAUUCUGUAGACGCAGAUGAUACAUGUUUUGACAGAAUUAGUAUAUACAUCCAUACAGUCAGUCAGUCUGUGCAGUCUUUACAAUCAGAAUCAGGUGAUUAUCACCAAAACAGACAAUUAAUUAACAGAAAUGUGUUAAAAGUUAAAUCUGUAAAAAGGAAACCCUUAAAACUGUCAAUUUAAAAAAAAAAGAAAAAAAAAAGACAAAUCAAUUGGUAGAUAAUACAAAUUUGUUAAAUGUUUAAUGUAGCAACUUAAUCAGUGUUCCAUACUCUAGAUAGUAUUAAACUCAACCAAUCAUGUACAGAACUGUCCCUGACUGCCAACGUCUUGGGUAUCAGCACUCGUGUUGAUGAGGUCGGUAUAUUAGGCCUUGGAUAGGGAUUUACUCCACUAUUUUGUGUCAUUUUUUAUGUUUGCCAUAACUUUUAAGACAUUUGUAAACCAUAUCUGAAGCUUCAUGUGCCUAACCUUAUCACUGUUAAUACCAGGGUCCUGGGAAACACAGUUUAUCAGCUUCAUAGUGUUCACUAGAUCGCACAGUUACGGUACCUUAGAGGCAGCUAUAUGCCUUGGCAUUGAGUGUUGGCGAUGUGUAUGUUGAUGAGUUCCUUGGUAUAACACUCACUAACUCAAUUUGUUAUUCUGUAAUAUUUUGUGAUAGUUUCAUAAGGCAGUUAGCUACCUCAACUGUCUAAAGAGUGUUAUAUCAAGGCCCUUUUGUAAAUGUUUCACUAAAACCUUGUAAUUAUGAACAUACUCAUAGCUGUGGAGUAUGUCUAUGUGUUCAGCAUAUGUGUGGGUAUAUGAUUAACACUAGUGUUCUUACAGUUUGCCUUCCUCUGGACUUUCUGCUGACUUCACCACAGUUGAAUGAAUGUUUCUUACUAGUCAGAGAGAGAUGUUGAUCUUGUAAAGACAAGCCCUCCUUGUAAGAUGUUAGAUGCUUUUUGCCUCUCAUUUCUAGACAUUUCUUUAUAUGGUUAAUAGGAUUUCAAAUGUUUAAACUAUACAGCACAUGUUUUCUUGUUGUAUACUGCAGAUUUUACCUACAAAGUGGCAACAUUCCACUCUUGGCACAUGUUUGAAUAUUUCUAUAUUUUCAGAAUUACAUCCUCUAUCUAAUGCACAUUGAUGCCUGCUCUCCAUAUGACAUUUUUUAUCAGUGUUAAGUUCUGAACUUCAGUACCUCAGGAAAAGUAGCAAGUGUUGAAUAUUUGCAGUUACAAAACAGUUUGGGUGUGAAUAUACUCAGAGUUUUUAUGCAGUUAUGUAAUUAACAAAGUGCAUAUUGUAUGCAACAGCACUGAGUGUAGUACCAUAGUAACAAAUGCUUUGUUGAUGUAAUACUUUUAACAAUCAGAACUAAAGAUGACUGAUUAAACAUGAUAUAGGCACUGAUGUUUAGAGCAUUUUUUCAUUUAUUUAUUUAAUAAUAUUGUCAUAUAUUUUUUUUUGAAAGAGGAGUACAAUAUACCAUCAUCAUAUGCGACUGAAUCAAGUAUUUUUUAUAUGCAUACGAAAUAUGUAUUACCCUCAGGUCGCACAUUGCUUAAGAGUGUAUUACCAAUAUAGAAUAUUUACAUAAAGAUCCAAGUUUAAAUUCUGAAUAAGCUACCCUUGAUCGUGUCGCAUAUUGAUACAUGUCAGCUGUGUUCAUGACAAUAUAAUAGUUGUCUCUUCUUUAUCAUGACCAUUAUCAUUAUUUUGUUUUUAUGAAUCAUGCAGUAUAUACAAUUAACGAACAUACCAAAGGUACUUGUAUGUCAACUGCCACAUGAUCUUGUUUGAAACAGGAAUGGUAGCGCUUGCAUUUACAGAAUUAAUUAGAUUUAUUAAUUGUGCUUUGAAUUUAUAAUAUCUUUAGUUAGAAUAGUACUGUUUGCAGGUACUUUAAAUCAUAUUUAUGUUUUUGCCUAUUUGAAAUACUAACUUUUAUGUGUUAGAAAAAAUCCUAUUUUAUAUUUUUGAGGUGAUUACAUUUAUUAACACAAUAAUAUUGCAUGAAUGUCAUGGUGCCAGUUGGUUGAAUGUAUCAGGCAAUCAUUCAUGGACAUGCAUAGUAUGAAUGUAAACACUUUUUUGAUGGCCUGAAUUUUGUAAAGUAAAAAAAAGAAAAAAAGAAAAAAAGGAAAAAAAAAUAGUUGUCUUAAUCCUGAAGGUCACUAUCUUCAUGCAAAGAUCUUCAGAGAGAAAUUAAUGUAGCCAAAAAAAAAAAAGCUCAAGAGUUGUGUUCAGAAAUGUAAGGAGCUGCGUUAAGAAGUCAAGGAACACUUUUUGUAUUGUUUUGAUGGUAUCCCAGUUUUAGGGGAGUACUUUUUUUAAUCUUUUUUUUUUUUUUUUUUUUUUUUUUUUAUCUAUAUGGUUGUCAAUAAAAGGAAGAAUGAUCUGCUCUUUAAAACUUUUUAAACUUUGUGAUAUUUGAUUAAAAAAAAAAAAAAAAAAAAGAGAGAUACACACAGGAUAAAACAGACCAAAUUUUCUGUACAGUAUCUAACAUCAUUUUUUUCAAGAUUGGAAAAGAGGAGAGAGUGAAAGAUUGGGUGAGUUUCAAAAUAAAUUAUGACUAUUUCUUGCUUUGC